UGGAAGCUCUCCAUGUGACCUGGGCUGUGACGUGUCUCCGGGGUUUCCGGCCAUGGCGGCGGCCGGCUGCGCUCCCCGUGCGCCGUUUACCGGCUGCAGUCCGGCCGGCAGGCGACACCCAUCGAGCCGGACUGAGGUCUGGACUCUACCGGAUCGUUCACGCUCCAAAACCGCAGCGCGAAGAGGGCGCAGGGCACCGGAACGUCCGCGUGCAGCCCGCUCUGACCAAAUAUGGGCUUCCUGCCGCUCUCCCCGCCAUAUUUGGAGAUGUACGUCACGCAGGAGUCUAUAUAAAGCCGGGAAUCCUCAGUGAAGGAAGCUGACAGAGCUCAAGUCCAAGUUGUCAGCAUCCACACGUGAAACACCAACCGGAAACAAACACUUCCCGAUGACUUCACGCACGGAGGUCCUCACGGAACCGCUGUCUUCUCCACCCGGACCCCGGAGCUGAAGACCCUCCAGCAUUGGCUUCCUCCGAGCCUCACCGCCCCCAGCAGCAGCGUCAGCCCGUCCGGAGCGCGUCUCCGCCGGGUGCAGGAGCGGAGCCCGGCUCGGUGCCCCAGCAGGAACAGCCCGGUGCUCAGGAGCUCCAGCAGCGGCCGAGCUCCACACCCGCCGCCGCCGCCGCCGCCUCUCGCUCUUCUUCUUCCAGAGAGAUGGCAGCGACCAAAGCGGAGCUGCUCCUGUCCGCCCUGCAGAUCUCCGAGCCUCUGGCCGGCUUCCCGCCUCUGUCCCCGCUGGACGGCUGCUCGACGCUGGAGGAGCUGCAGAUGCUGCUGCAGAGCGCCGCGGCGGGAGGCUCGCUGCUGGGCGGGGAGCCCGGGGAGUACGGAGACUCUCUAUCGGAGCUCCCGGAGCUGCAGAGCCUCCCCCCCCUCACCCCCCGCCUCACCCCUCUGGCCUACAGCGGCCGCUUCACCUUCGAGCCGUCCGCCUCCGUCCCCAGCGGCGGUGGCGGCCUGUGGGCGGAGCCUCUCCUCAGCCUGUUGACGGGGUUGGUCAGCAUGGCGGCUCCUCCCCCUGCGGCCUCAUCGGUGACAUCAUCAUCGCUGUCCCAGCCGAGCUUCAGCUCCGUCCAGAUCAGCUGUGGCUGCGGUGACGUCGCCUCCGUCUUCUCUGCGACGCCGACGUACACCACCGCCGCCGGCUCCGACCUCCUCCUCGCCCCCGCCGACCCCCAGCCGGCCUUCCAGGGCCCCCCUCCCGCCUACCCCACCUCCGCCUCCAGACUCAGCCUCCAGCCGCCCCCCCUGGUGGUGCCGAUGCUCCCGGACUACCUCCUGUCGCAGCAGCAGCCGCAGGACGGCGAGCUCGGCCAGGACCAGAAGCCGGUGCUGUCGCAGAGCCAGAACCCGUCGCAGCCUCCGCUCACGCCGCUCUCCACCAUCAAAGCCUUCUCUUCGCAGAACCAGACGCAGCCUCAAGGCUCCGCCUCUGGCCCCGCCUACCAGGCCCAGCUCACCACAUCCGGCCGGAUCACGAAGUCCCCCGCGGGCCGGCAGUGCAAGACGCCGCCACACGAGCGUCCGUACGCCUGCCCCGCCGACGGCUGCGACCGCCGUUUCUCCCGCUCCGACGAGCUGACGCGCCACGUGCGCGUGCACACGGGUCAGAAGCCGUUCCAGUGCCGCAUCUGCAUGCGGAGCUUCAGCCGCAGCGACCACCUGACCACGCACAUCCGCACGCACACCGGCGAGAAGCCGUUCGCCUGCUCCGAGUGCGGGCGCAAGUUCGCCCGCAGCGACGAGCGCAAGAGGCACGGCAAGAUCCACCAGAGGCAGCGGGACAGGAAGGCCGACGCCUCCUCCUCCGCUCCCAUCCCCAUCAGCAAGCCCCCCGCCUACUGCUCCCCUCCCACCUCCUCCCACUCCUCCCCCGCUCACAGCUCCUCUUCCCCCGCCGCCUCGCUCUUCCCCUCCUCCUCCUCCUCCUUCUCCUCCCUCGGCAUGCAGGCCGCCUCCCCCUGCUUCACCUCCUCACCGCCCCCCCACCUCUACUCCUCCUCCUCCUGCUCCUCUCCGAUGGGGAGUCCUCAGUCGGCGCUCCCCUCCCCCCACAGCUCCAGCAUCUGCUGACAGACAGGAAGUCCUGUCCCAUCGUGACCUCUGACCCCAGACUGAAACUCUAACAUAUCUGCCGUCCACGCAGACAUCGAACUGUAGUGACGAGGUCAAAGGUCAGCAGACGGCUCCGACGGCGUCGGCUGGAUGAGAUGAACUUUAACCUUCGGCGGUGAAUAAAAACUCUCAGAACCAAACUUCAUAGAGAAAACGUCUGAAUUUAGGAGACGUCAGAUUCACCGCUUGUAAAGCGUUUCGUGUAUGAAUGAAUGUAAAUAGUUUUCUACAUAAUGUUUACAUGUAGUAUUGUGUACCAACGUGAACACGUACACAGUUUCACCUACUGCGUAGGUCCUGGGACGUUUGUAUGUUUACAUGCAGGUUUGAUUUUAUACUGAACGUGUUUCCUCUUUACAGCGAAGAGCUGCAAGAAUAAAAAGUCCAAAUCCUG